CCAGGUCUGACUAAUCGAGUGCGGAUCCAUCGCCCCGCUCGCCCACUCCCCGCCGCCGGUAGCCGAUCCCGGAGCCGUAAGUGUUACCGCGCCGCCAAACCGGCACCAUGGGAGGAUGACGUGGCCAUUUCCCCGAGUAAAUUGGUCCCGGAAGACGUUCGUGUCCUCGGUGAAGUCCGCGUCUCUUCGCUUCGACCUCGGCGGCCGUUCGGGUUCGUCCAACGGGACGAGGGGGCUCGACGGGCCGCCGCUGCUCCGUGUCCCGGGGGGGGGGAGCGGGGGGGAGCCGGGGCAGAGCUCCGGGGGGAGGCCCGCAGAGGAGAAGGGACGUACCGGGUUAGCGGGGGCCCCCCGCGGGGCACCGCCUGACGAUGGCGAACGAGCCGAUCAUCCUGAACGUGUACGACAUGUACUGGAUCAAUGAGUUCACCAGCACUCUGGGUAUCGGAGUCUUCCACUCGGGGAUCGAGAUCUACGGCAGAGAGUUUGCCUACGGCGGACACCCGUUCCCGUUCUCAGGGAUCUUUGAGAUCACGCCCGGCGACGUCACGGCGCUCGGCGACACGUUCAGGUUCAAAGAAGCCAUCGUCUUGGGCAGCACAGACUUCACGGAGGAGGACGUGGAGCGCAUCGUGGAGGAGAUGGGGAAGGAGUACAAAGGCAACGCCUACCACCUGAUGCACAAGAACUGCAACCACUUCUCUUCCGUGCUGUCAGAGACCCUGUGUGGCAGGGAGAUCCCCCGCUGGGUCAACCGCCUGGCCUACUUCAGCUCCUGCGUGCCCUUCCUGCAGAGCUGCCUGCCCAAAGAGUGGCUGACGCCGGCCGCCCUGCAGUCCAGCGUGAGCCAGGAGCUCCACGGGGGCGAGCUGGAGGAGGCCGAGGACGCCGCUGCCUCCGUCUCCUUGGCCUCCGUGUCGCCCUGCUCCCCGGCCUCCUCGGUGCCCCGACACUCCCGACUGCUGCCGCGCCGGUAGGCGCCGGGCCGUCUCCUCGGGUCCGUCCCGUGGUCACCAACCACGUCCAGAUGUUUCCAGCGGUUGGUCGCUGGAUGGUGCUACUCUCCUUGAAGAGGAGAUUCAAACCAAUGACGAAGAAGUUUGUUUUUAUUUCAGACUUUUCCGUUAGUUUCUUCAGGUCUGCCUGCGAACUCUGACGUCUUCAUUUGACCUUUGACCUCUGACCUUGGCCCUCCGGUCCAGCGUGUGGGGACACCCCCCAGUUCUUUUCUCUUUGUGUCCAAUAGAUUCAACCUGCUGAAGAUUUCAAGAUGCAACUAUGAAACGUUUUGUUACCAGAAGUAAAAGAAUUUUUCCUCAGUAGCAACCGCCGAGGUGCCUUUGAGCAAAAGGUACUGCAGCUCCACUACCUGGAGAGUUCGAGCUUUUAUUUCCACCUCUUCAUGUAAUGCUUAAAAAAAAGAUCAUAAAAAAACUAUUUCACAAAA